AUCCCUGGUCUCUAAAUCUUUUGUUUAUUUGGCUUUUCGCCCGAUUCAAAAAUGUCCCAGCAAAUUCGAGUUUUACAAUGCAUCCAAUGCAAAAUGUAUCAGGUGGACAUUGUGAAAAAGGCUAGCAAAUGGGAAUGUAAAAUUUGCCGCCAAAAGCAGGAAAUGCUCAGGGAGUUCUUUCGGGGAUCAGGACCAGAAUGCCGGGCCAAAGUUCAGCAACUAAACUUGGAUCGUGGAAUGCAGGAGGAACAACUGGAGGAGAAUUUAUUCCUAACAGCCCAACAGCAACUGGAGCAGAAGGAAAACAGCCCACAAAAACAGGAAAUCACUUUGGCUAAGAAGACCACUAAUAAAUGGGCCAACUAUGUGGAUGAAAAUACAGAUAAAUCUACAGCACAGCCUUCAAAAAUCAAAGUUGAAAAGCAUGAGGACAUCUCUUUGGACUUUCAUACAUCCAAAAACAAAGUACCAAGAUCUCAAAAACGUCCUGCGGAAAAUAUACCAGCAGUCAACAAGAAAAGUUGCUCAAAAUGGAACGACUACAUAUAAAAAUUGGACAACAUUUAAAAACAUUCUCUAUUAAAAAGUUUAAGCUUAAGCU